AUGCCCUACAAAUCUGAUUUUCCUCCAGUUGAAAUAGCCAAUGAGCCUUAUCCACCUCGAUUGCUUUCUGCACUUUGGGAGCAUUUUUCUGAAUGUCCUGAAAGGAUUGCAUUGAUCAACUCCAAAGAGCCAAACACUGAUUUUGUAACAUUUGGAGAACUUUAUGUAUUUUCCAUCGCCACUGCUGCUUUUUUACAAAAUAGAGGAUUUUUGUUUGGUGAUGUUGCUUGUUUAGUUAUGCAGAAUUGUUGGGAGUAUGUACCCAUAUUUGCGGGUAUUGGUCUUCAGGGAGGCGCAACUAGUGGAGCUAAUCCUUAUUUUACUCAAAGAGAACUUCAAUAUCAAUUCAACGAAUCUCAAGCUAAAAUUGUCUUUUGCUCUGAAACAUGCCUUGAUAAUGUUAUUAAGGCUGCUAAAGGUUCUCAAACUGUGAAGACAAUAGUUCUUGUCGAAUCUGGUCAUUCCAAAAAGCCUUUAAAUCAAAAUGAAAAUCAGCUUCCUUUUGGAGUUAUACGUUUUGGCCAAGUACUUAGAACGGAACCAACAAUUGCAAUUGAAUUUUCAUUAGUAAAUUGUCGACCUGAUAAAGACAUUAUAUUGUUGCCAUUUUCAUCUGGCACAACUGGAUCUCCAAAAGGUGUAAUUAUCACCCACAGAAAUAUAGGCACAAUGUUGAAUAUUUUAAUUGACCAUUUCCGAAAUCAAAUUCACGCUUAUAUGCGGCCAACAUUUAUAGAAAAGGAGGAAAAUGAACUUCUUCUUCUCCCUUUCUUCCAUUGUUAUGGCUUUUGUAUGUUACAGGCUUGUCUUUUAAAUGGGUCGACUGGAUUGGUUAUGGCUGGUUUUGAGCCAAAACUGUUCUGUGAGACUAUACAGAAUUUUAAGAUUCGUCUUAUAAAAACUGUACCCCCAAUUCUUGUAUUUUUGGCCAAAAAUCAAAUUGUUUCAAAUUUUGAUCUCUCUUCGGUAAAUGUUAUCUUUUCGGGUGCAGCUCCAGCUGGUGCAGAUCUAUGCGAGGAAGUUUUGUCCAGACUUCCUAAUGUUCAACAUAUUUGUCAAGGCAUCUUUUUCAUGAUUAGAUUGGAUUAG